GUGUUAUUUCAACAGGUGUAACAGAUAAAACAUUUUAUUGAGUAACACCAACAAAUUAUAUGGCUGAACCGAUAGUUUCAACCAAACAGGGCCAAUUGAAAGGCUUCAUUGGCACUGACAUUGAUGGGGGACCAAUUAUUUCGUUCCUUGGGGUGCCGUUUGCCAAGCCGCCACUUGGAGAAUUGAGGUUUAAGGAUCCUUUACCAGCCGAACCAUGGGAUGGAAUAAAGGAUGCAACGAAGGAUGGUGACAACUGUUAUGGACAUGAUCUAUUGUUCAGAUCCUUUGGCGGUUCUGAGGACUGUUUGAAUCUAAAUGUUUUUACGAAAAGCCUUACCGAUUCAAAGACCGAGCUGAAACCCGUGAUGGUUUUUAUCUACGGUGGAGGUUUUUUUACGGGAUCGAACAAAACCGACAUGUACGGACCAGAAUUCCUACUGACCCAGGACAUCGUCCUUGUAGUACCUAACUAUCGUCUGGGUGUCUUGGGGUUCCUAUGUUCCGACGACGAUACUCUAGGGGUGCCGGGAAAUGCUGGGCUAAAAGACCAAAUCAUGGCCCUUCAGUGGGUGCAGGAAAACAUCAGAAAUUUCAACGGCGAUCCCAAUAACGUGACGAUUUUCGGAGAAAGCGCAGGGUCACUUUCGGUGCACUACCUGAUUCUAUAUUCCAGAAUGAAGGGACUAUUUCACAGGGCGAUAUUGCAAAGCGGGACAGCUUUGAUGAACUUUUUCGGCAAGGCACAGCAUAUGAUGGUAGCCCUAGCAAAGGUGUUAGGUCAUGAUGUAAGCAGUGACAAAGAGGCGUUGGAUAUACUGAGGCAAGUGCCUGUAGAAUUACUAUACCAGGCUCAAGGAAGGGUUCAAGGGGUAGGAGGUCUGUCAAGCAAACCAUGUUUCGGACCUAUUAUCGAAAAGCCCAGUGACACAGCUUUUAUCACGGAAGAGCCGAUAGACAUACUCAUGUCUGGAAAUUACAAUCAAGUUCCAUUAAUCAUCGGUUAUAACUCAGGAGAAGGGCUGUUUCUACCUGCGUGGACUGUCCUGGUAACCUCACGGAAGUUACCAUUCACAGUAGGUCUGCCAAACUUGGAAGACACCAUUCCUCACUACAUAGGCUUGCAGCGUGGGAGCGAUAUUAGCAAACAAGUAUGUGAAAAGUUAAAGGAAACUUAUUUUGAUCGUCCUGAUCUUGCCGACAAUAAGUACUUGAUGAUUACCGACGCCAUGUUCGUGGCACCAACUAUGGCAACAGUGAAAAAUCACGUGGAAACAUCGCGGUGUCCAAUUUUUAUAUACAGGAUGUCUUUAGAAGCUGGACUAAAUUUAAUGAAGGUUUACACAAAAUUAACUGAACCAGGUGCGUGUCACGUUGACGACUUAGGAUACCUCUUCAAAAAUGAUAUUAUUCCUCCAUUUGAACCAGGUAGUAUCGAGGAUAUAUCAGUAAGAAGGUUUGUGAAACUGUGGACGAACUUUGCCAAGUACGGGAAUCCUACGCCUGACGAAAAUGAACUUGGAAUAAUUUGGAAACCGGUCGAAACAGGACAACUUAAUUUUAUCGACAUUGGAAAUGAACUAACCAGUGAGGUUAAUCCUGAAUCAGAGAGGAUGCAGUUGUGGAAGGAAAUCUACCAGCUUUGUCCAAACACUGCCAGUUAUUUAUAGAACAGCAUAGUGUUUAUAUAUGUCCAUCAAAAACGUUGUUGAGAUUUUAUAAAUCUUUUUAAUAAACAUCUGCAUUUUA